GUGGGUGAGGGAGCGGGCGGAGGAGGAAGUGUCAUGGCGUCGGGCCGUGGAUCUUCUUCUCGCUGGUUCUUUACUCGGGAACAGCUGGAGAACACGCCGAGCCGCCGCUGCGGAGUGGAGGCGGACAAAGAGCUCUCGUACCGCCAGCAGGCGGCCAACCUCAUCCAGGAAAUGGGACAGCGUCUCAAUGUCUCUCAGCUUACAAUAAACACUGCGAUUGUUUAUAUGCAUAGGUUUUAUAUGCACCAUUCCUUCACCAAAUUCAAUAGAAAUAUAAUAUCACCUACCGCAUUAUUUUUGGCUGCAAAAGUAGAAGAACAGGCUCGAAAACUUGAACACGUUAUCAAAGUAGCGCAUGCUUGUCUUCAUCCUCUAGAGCCACUUCUGGAUACUAAAUGUGAUGCUUACCUUCAACAGACUCAAGAACUGGUUAUACUUGAAACUAUAAUGCUACAAACUCUAGGUUUUGAGAUCACCAUCGAACACCCACACACAGAUGUAGUGAAAUGUACCCAACUAGUAAGAGCAAGCAAGGAUUUGGCACAGACAUCCUAUUUCAUGGCUACCAACAGUCUGCAUCUUACAACCUUCUGUCUUCAGUACAAACCAACAGUGAUAGCAUGUGUAUGCAUUCAUUUGGCUUGCAAAUGGUCCAAUUGGGAGAUUCCUGUGUCAACUGAUGGAAAGCAUUGGUGGGAAUAUGUGGAUCCUACAGUUACUCUAGAAUUAUUAGACGAGCUAACACAUGAGUUUCUACAAAUAUUGGAGAAAACGCCUAGUAGGUUGAAGAGGAUUCGAAACUGGAGGGCUACUCAGGCGGCUAGAAAACCAAAAGUAGAUGGCCAAGUAUCAGAGACACCACUUCCUUGUUCAUCUUUGGUCCAGAAUUCCAUUUUAGUAGAUAGUGUCACUGGUGUGCCUACAAACCCAAAUUUUCAGAAACCAUCUACAUCAGCGUUCCCUGCUCCAGUACCUCUAAAUUCAGGAAAUAUUUCUGUUCAAGACAGCCAUACCUCUGAUAAUUUGUCAGUACUAGCAACAGGAAUGCCAAGUACCUCAUAUGGCUUGUCAUCACACCAGGAAUGGCCUCAACUUCAAGAAUCAGCAAGGACAGAGCAGAUGUAUUCACAGAAGCAGGAGACAUCUUUGUCUAGUAGCCAGUACAACAUCAACUUUCCGCAGGGACCUUCUAUAUCACUGCAUUCAGGAUUACAUCACAGACCUGACAAAAUUUCUGAUCAUUCUUCUGCUAAGCAAGAAUAUACUCAUAAAGCAGGGGGCAGUAAACACCAUGGGCCAAUUUCUGCUACUCCUGGAAUAAUUCCUCAGAAAAUGUCAUUAGAUAAAUAUAGAGAAAAACGUAAGUUAGAAACUCUUGAUCUUGAUGCAAGGGAUCAUUAUAUAGCUGCCCAGGUAGAACAGCAGCACAAACACAUGCAGUUACAGGCAGCCAGCAGCAGUUCUGUAACUUCUCCCAUUAAAAUGAAAAUUCCCAUCACAAAUCCUGAAAAACCUGAAAAAUACAUGGCAGAUAAAAAGGAAAAGAGUGGAUCACUGAAAUUACGGAUUCCAAUACCACCCACUGACAAAAGCACCAGUAAAGAAGAACUAAAAAUGAAGAUAAAAGUUUCUUCCUCAGAAAGACACAGCUCUUCUGAUGAGGGCAGCGGGAAGAGCAAGCACUCGAGCCCACAUAUCAGCAGAGACCAUAAGGAGAAGCAUAAGGAGCAUGUGUCAAACCGCCAUCACACCAGCAGUCACAAGCACUCCCACUUGCAGAGUGGCAGUAGCAGUGGUGGCAGUAAACACAGUGCUGAUGGAAUACCACCCACUGUCUUGAGGAGUCCUGUUGGCCUGAGUAGUGAUGGCAUUUCCUCUAGUUCCAGCUCUUCAAGGAAGAAGCUGCAUAUCAAUGAUGCAUCUCACAACCAUCACUCCAAAAUGAGCAAAAGUUCCAAAAGUUCAGGUAGUUCAUCUAGUUCUUCCUCCUCUGUUAAGCAGUAUAUAUCCUCUCACAACUCUGUUUUUAACCAUCCCUUACCCCCUCCUCCCCCUGUCACAUACCAGGUGGGCUACGGACAUCUCAGCACCCUCGUGAAACUGGACAAGAAGCCAGUGGAGACCAACGGUCCUGAUGCCAAUCACGAGUACAGUACAAACAGCCAGCAUAUGGACUACAAAGACACAUUCGACAUGCUGGACUCGCUGUUAAGUGCCCAAGGAAUGAACAUGUAAUAAUUUGUUUAGGUCAAUUUUUCCUUUACCUUUUUAAUUUAAAAAUUGUUAGAAUGGAAAAAUUCCUCCUGAUAUAGCAGUGGUAACACACCUGCUGUUGCUGCCACUGCCUCAAUAUUUGUAAAUGCUGCUUUAUUCUUCAUUCUGAAAAGAAGAAAUUAUAGUAACAAGUCUUUAUCUCCACAUAUGAUAGUGUUAAAAAUACUGUAAAAGCAUGGAAGGUGCAACACUCAGUAUUUCUACAAUUGCAGCUAAGAACAUUAGGAUGAAUGGCUGGCUGCUUCUAGGAAUUAAGAUGCCUCAAGCAUUCAUUAUUUAUAAUUUGAAUACUGUAGCUACUUUUUUGUUGUUGCUUGGCUUUUGAAUGAGUGUAAAUUGUUUUCUUUUGUGUAUUUAUACUUGUAUGUAUGAUUUGCAUGUUUCAGUGAUAAAGGGAUAAAACAGUAUACUGAUAACUGUUUACAAGAAAGUGGAGAAAAAUGUACAUACAUUUUUGUAUGUUUAGAUAUUACCAUAAAUACUCAGGAUUGGAGCUGCUUGUAAGUAUAACAAUAUACAGAGUAACUUUAUUUUAUCUUGUCAGAGUCCAUCACUAAUCUAAAACAAAGGUGGCACUUUUUUAUGUUAACCUUAAACUCUAGGCCUUACGGGAAGCCACUGAUGGGAGACACUUCACUACCAGAGGGGUAUGCAGUGCCUGAUGGUCAUUUAUACUGUCAGGCACUGAACUUUUGCCUUCAGAGGUUCGGACCAGAUUGGCUGCUGAAAUAGACCCUAACUUUCUGAAGGCCUGAAGAGGAAAAAAUAAAGUUUACCUACUCUUGAUGUGAAGUGCAUCUAAGUGUUUGUUGGCUUGUUGCAGUACUUUAAAAUAGAGCUGUUAAUAAUGGUUACGUGGAUUACUGUGAUUUGACAACUAAGUUCACAAAAACUUACGUAGUAAAGAAUCAGUAUGUUCUUUCCUUAAAGAACUUCACACUACAUGUUUUAACAGUAAACAAGGAUCACUUUUCCUUUCGCAUUCAAAAUGACACCAUAUUCUUUAUUGAAAAUAAUACUCCUCCCCUGAUGCGUGUUUAUGUGUGAUACCAUAUUUCUUUUUCAGGUAAAUGUAGUCUUCCUUAUAAAAAUGAAAUUAAACCUAUGCUCUCUCAAUUCCUUUAUAUUCUAACAAUAAUAAAAAAAAAAAGAAAAGAUCACUGACUGUGCAUUGUACCUAUAUUUAUAGCUUAUGGUUAUUAUCAAGAAGCUUUAAGAAAAAAGGUCAGCCGGCCUCCCAGGCAAACCACUAGUAGGAAGUUUUAGAUUUGUUUGCACAUCUCAGUAUAUUUCUGUUGAGGAAAAGUUUGCACAGUCAUCUGACUUCUGAUCAAACAAUAGACUUUAACUUGUUUAGGUUUUGUCUUAAAAACCAAUAAUAUGACUCGUUUAUCAGCUAAUCUUGAAUUUAUUCUGUGGUAAAUCUUUGAGCUGUUGCGUAUCUUUGAGAUGGGUUGGAUUCAACUUCUGUUGAACAGAAAACUGUCUUAAUUUUUCCUCCAUGUAUAUGAAUUAUUUUGUUACAAAGCCACUGGUAUGUGCACAAUUGUAAUUUUAUUCAAGUAUGUUACAGUUGUAAAUAUUAGAGUUCAAUUUCGUGCUCUGCUUUUAUUUAGCAAUUACCUAAUUUUCCAGUAGCUUUAUAAAUUUCUUAAGAUAAUUGUUUACUGUUUUGUCAAUGUUAUUUGAACUUGGGAUACUAGGAGCCUCUCUCUAGGGACUUUGCCUUCCUAGCAUGUCCUAACAUUUGUUCUUGUCUUCCAUAACUUUAGUAAUAUUUGUCAUUAUAUGUAACUUUGUUGCUCUGUAUGGUAUAAUAUUGUAUCCAUAAACAUGGUAAUUUUGAUCAGUUAUACCUUUACAGUGGUACAUAAUCCAAGGACUAGUAUAGAAUUAAGCUGAGUGCAAGAUGAGGGAGGGGAAGGGUUUUCUUGAUACUUUAGAUGUGAAACCUCUACAGAGCUAUCAUGUGAAACUGCAUAGGUUGGUUGUGCUGCUGUAUAAUUGGGGGUGGUAAUACCAGGAAUUUUAAUAAGAUUUUGUAAAGAAUAUCCAGAAAAGUAGUGAAUUUAUUUUCAGUAGAUAUAGAAAACAAUGUGAAUAUUUAAGGUCUGUGACUAUAGUUAAACUUCACUAAUAAUUUGCAGAAUUGUUUUGAGAUGUGGGAAUAAAGGUAAUUUUGUUAAAUCUUUAUUGGUGCUAAUGAUGGACAGAUAAAAGGAUAGCUAGUGUAUAUUGUUAUGGGUCAGUACUUACUGGUACUUCCAAAAUUGAAUUUGAAAUGUUAUGUAUUCACUUUUCAGUCUGUAAAUGUAAUUCUUUACAAUGAUUUUAUUUAUUAAAGGGCAGCCAGUUGUAAUUUUUUACGGGAUUGUGUGAGCUAUUCAAACUCUUUAACCUCUGAACAGGAUAUGAAGCUUCCAAAACCACAAUAGGGAUAAAUAUAGAAAUUUUUUUAAGUUUCAUUUCCAUUAAUGGAAAACCCUUAUAAUUCAUAUUACCAUGAAUUUGCUUUAACUGUCUCAUUUGCAUAAGAUAGUUCAUCUACAUGGUCCCAUUAGGCUCUACCAAAGAAAAAGACUCUGAUGAAUGGACAUUAUUACUGUGAGUCUUCUUGUAAGUAGCCAUAAAUAAACCAAAAUAGUAUCAUUAAAUUUAGAUAUGAAAUUCCACCUGUGCAAAAUACUGUUAAGGAAAUACAUUUUGAAGAGAUUUUUUAAAAAUAUUUGAAAUAUUAAAAAACAUUAUCUUUAAACGUCCUA